UUUCGCUAAAUCGUUUUAAUUAGAUGCGUUAGAUAAUAAAAAAAGAAAAGAAAGGGAAUUUAGAGGACAGUUUAUGGAAAUAUUGGUUAGCUUCAGUGCCGACAACACAGGUUUUUUUAAAUGUGCACUUUAGAUUAAAAGAAAUAUUUGCAAAAUGUCUGACGAAGACAAAAGACUUGAAAGUCAUUUUUCGGAAAAGAUGGAAGGAGUAUCACAGGAAAAUCUGAAAGAAACUUUAAAAGAAACGGUGCCACCAAUCGUUAAGGCAACCGUCGCUGAAGAACUUGCGGAUUUACAAUCAGAGGUAGAAAAAGUAAAAGAAACAAUAAAAAGUCUGAAUGACAGGACAGAGGUUAGAGAUACAAUUUUUCACACUUUGGAAGAUAUCAAUGCAAGGCUCUUAGAUAAUGUGCAAGAAAAUUAUGAUGCGAUUGAAACUUUUAAACAAAGUGUCUCUCGCCAAAGAGAGUUGUUGCAGUACCAAGCGGAUAUCAUAAAGAAACAAUCACUACCACAUGCAUAUCAAGAAAAACUGGUGGAAUCUGGUACAAAGUAUCCCAGCGCUGUGACGAGCAAGGACACUAUAAAGAGAUCUACCAGCAUAGCAGAAACAAUCAGUCCUUUGGUCGCAGAGACAAUAGAAUAUUGGCGACAGGAAGCAGAAAAGGAGAAAGAGGAUGCCAGAGCAAAUGGAUAUCAUGAUUUAACUGGAACACACAAUGUCAUCUGCCUUGAUGUAUCAGAUAGCAUGAAAGAAGGAGAUACAUGGAGCCAAGCUGAGAAUUUCUUUAAAGACUAUUUGAAAGGAAUGGCAAAGUUAAAAAAGGGAGGUAUCGAUCAUGAGAAUGUUGCUUUGGUGACAUUUGGUGGAGAAGUACGGGUGCAAGAGAGAUUAACCAAAGAUUUUGAAAAACUGCAAGAAAAAUUUGAUAAACUUACACCAUCAGGCCCUACACAGAUGUUUGGGGGUUUGUUAUUAGCAGAAGCAGUGGCUCUGACGUCAAAGUUUUCCUUUGCAAUUGCAAAUGAUGUCCAUAUCAGACCAAAGAUCAUUUUUAUAACUGACGGCAAGCCGACUGGUAUAAUUCCAUUCUCUGCUGAAGAAGAUAUUGGUAAUCCUGAUACAACCGAAAUGACCAAAGGUCAAAUAAUAAAAGAGGUAAAGCGAAUUAAAUUGGAACAAGUGGAUAUACAUUGUGUUUAUGUUGGCCAGGGCGAUUCGCGUGCGGAAGAGUUUCUGAGGUCUGUGUCAAGAGCUAGUGUGAAUAAAAAGGUGAUGUCGUCGACAGAUGGAAAGGAAUUGUCAUAUCAAAACUUUUCUGAAACUGGAUUGUUGUCCCUGUUGAAAAUGUUAUCCCUUGACGACGACGACGACGACGAUGAUGAUAUAUCAUCUCUUCUAGACCUUCCGGAUAUUUCAAAACUAGAAAAGAUGAUUGAGUCUCAAAGAAAUAUAGAUUUCUACAAGGAGUGUGACGAUAAAAGAUACCCAGAAAUUGGUAAAAGGGUGCGUCGGGGUAGGAAUUGGAUGUGGGGCGACCAGGAUAGCAAUGGUGUUGGCACUAUCAUCGGACAUUCCCCGGAUAAAACCAAUCAGCUUUGGGUAUUGGUUGAAUGGGACGCAGAAGGUAAACAAAAUGCUUACCGAUGGGGUCAUGGCUCGAGUAAGAAGUCUGACCUUAUGAUUGUUGACGAAGAGAGGUUAUUAGAACCCGGUGAACUUUUGGCUGUAGGCAUCAGAGUCAGAAAAGGCGACACUGACGACGAUACUACAGAGACUGGCGUUGUUAUAAAAUUUACGGAGGAGGAUGAAAAAGUUUUGGUUCGUUGGAAAGACAAGUCCAGAGGAGAAUAUUACUUCGGGAAGGGCGAGACUCCCACAGAAAUAGUACCUAUCGUUACAAAAGGAACGGAAGAUGAAAAAGUCAGCUCAAGUGUGAGUCAGAACACAGAGGACCAGUCAGGAACGGAAGAUAAAAAUAUCAGCUCAAGUAUGAGUAAGAACACAGAGGACCAAUCAG